GACGUGAGUGGAGCUUCGCGUCACUCAACUCUGGGGACGGACUUUGCGCAGGCUCUCGCACCGGGCGCUCUGGCCCACACAGUCGGUACUCUAUGGCAUCUCGGGUUCCCUCUAGCUGCGGUCUGGAGGCCUACACUCGUUUUCUUUUUGGCUGUGCGAGGCCCGGCAGCCUCUGCUGAGCUGGAAGAAAGAUGGCGGCAGCCGUGCGGCAGGAUUUGGCCCAGCUCAUGAAUUCGAGCGGCUCUCAUAAAGAUCUUGCGGGCAAGUAUCGUCAGAUCCUGGAAAAAGCCAUUCAGUUAUCUGGGGCAGAACAACUAGAAGCUUUGAAAGCUUUUGUGGAAGCAAUGGUGAAUGAGAAUGUCAGUCUCGUGAUCUCUCGACAGUUGCUGACUGAUUUCUGUACCCAUCUCCCUAACCUGCCUGAUAGCACAGCCAAAGAAAUCUAUCAUUUCACCUUGGAAAAGAUCCAACCUAGAGUCAUUUCAUUUGAAGAGCAGGUUGCUUCAAUAAGACAGCAUCUUGCGUCCAUAUAUGAGAAAGAAGAAGAUUGGAGAAAUGCAGCCCAAGUGUUGGUGGGAAUUCCUUUGGAAACAGGACAAAAGCAGUACAAUGUAGAUUAUAAGCUGGAAACUUACCUGAAGAUUGCUAGGCUAUAUCUGGAAGAUGAUGACCCAGUCCAGGCAGAGGCUUACAUAAAUCGAGCAUCAUUGCUUCAGAAUGAAUCCACCAAUGAACAGUUACAGAUACAUUAUAAGGUAUGCUAUGCACGUGUUCUUGAUUAUAGAAGAAAAUUCAUUGAAGCUGCACAAAGGUACAAUGAGCUCUCUUACAAGACAAUAGUGCACGAAAGUGAAAGACUAGAGGCCUUAAAACAUGCUUUGCACUGUACCAUCUUGGCAUCAGCAGGACAGCAGCGUUCUCGGAUGCUAGCUACUCUUUUUAAGGAUGAAAGGUGCCAGCAACUUGCUGCUUAUGGGAUCCUAGAGAAAAUGUACCUAGACAGGAUCAUCAGAGGAAAUCAACUUCAAGAAUUUGCUGCCAUGUUGAUGCCUCACCAAAAAGCAACUACAGCUGAUGGUUCUAGCAUCUUGGACAGAGCUGUUAUUGAACACAAUUUGUUGUCUGCAAGCAAAUUAUAUAAUAAUAUUACCUUUGAAGAACUUGGAGCUCUUUUAGAGAUCCCUGCAGCUAAGGCAGAAAAAAUAGCAUCACAAAUGAUAACAGAAGGACGUAUGAAUGGAUUUAUUGAUCAGAUUGAUGGAAUAGUUCAUUUUGAAACACGGGAAGCCCUGCCGACGUGGGACAAACAGAUCCAGUCCCUUUGUUUCCAAGUGAAUAACCUGUUGGAGAAGAUUAGUCAGACAGCGCCAGAAUGGACAGCACAAGCCAUGGAAGCGCAGAUGGCUCAGUGAAUGCUUGCAGGGCUCUGUGCACACAACAGCUUUUAUGAUGUUGUACAGAUUAAUUUCAUGGUCUCUCCAAAGCAUUUGCAUCUGACCUUAUGUAUUUCAAUCCCUUUUAUGCUGGAUUCCAUUUAAAGAAGACAUUGUUAGAACAGGAAGCGCAAGCAUUUAAAAAUAUGUAGUUCCCAUAUAUUCAGGGUCUCUGUGUCUCAAGCUAACUCAAAUGUUCUGAAAGCUUUUUCUUUAAACGGAGUAAGGGAAGUAUCCGUGGCUAAAAGGUUUGGGAUUUGUGAUAACUUUGUAGUCGUGUAAAACGUUAAAAGUGCUUCGUGCCUCUCCAAACGUGGUAAUUCUAAUAAAUGGAGAAGUGAGCCAAAUAAAAGUACUUUGUUUUUAAUUA